AUGUCUAGAUGCCAGGGCCACUGGCGCCACAGGACUGAGGAGAAUGAGAAGCAUGAGAAGCUCUGCCUGGAGAGGGAGCAGGAGCAGAAGAAGGCAGGCAAGGCCAGCGUGCCCCGGGCCAACAGUGCCCUAUCCCCGGAGGAGCCCCGGAGUGAACUGCUGGUGCCCAUCUCCCCGCCGGGCCCGGUGCCCCUGCCGCCCCCGCCCCUGGCAGCUCCCAUUUCAGUCAUUCCCAUCCCUGUUGUCACCAGUUCCCCCCAGCAAGCAGCCCAGACCGCCCUGUCGCCGCCGCUUGUGCAACGCCACCAGCCCCUGGUGAGCAGUCCCGGGGUCCCCAAGGAGGCGCCGUCGGUGGCACCAGUGAUCCAGCGGCCACCGGGCCCACACCUGCCGGAUGGGAAAGCCACGACCCCGCCGGCGGGCAGCCCCAAGCAGCUGCAGCACUACGCGGCACCGGUGCUGGCCAUCUCCCAGCACCAUGUGGUCCCACAGCCCAUCCAGCCCCUGCAGCACCCGGCAGCAGCGCCCGCGCCGCUUGGCGCUCUCAAGCUGGCGCCGGCAGACGACAUGAAACCCAUCGAGCUUAAGAAGAGAAUUGGAGGGGUUGGGACCAGGGAAGUACAUAAUAAAUUGGAGAAGAACAGACGUGCACAUUUGAAAGAGUGCUUUGAGACGUUAAAGCGCAACAUCCCCAACGUAGAUGACAAGAAGACCUCAAACCUCAGUGUCCUCAGGAGUGCCUUGCGAUACAUCCAGACUUUAAAGAGGAAGGAAAAGGAAUACGAGCACGAGAUGGAGCGGCUGGCAAGAGAGAAGAUCGCUACCCAGCAGCGGCUGGCAGAACUGAAGAACGAGUUGAGCCAGUGGAUGGAUGUCUUGGAGAUUGACAGAAUUAUUCGACAGACAGUUCAGCCAGAGGAUGACCAGGCAUCUACCUCGACAGCAUCAGAGGGUGAAGACAACAUGGAUGAAGAUAUGGAAGAUGACAGGCCAGUGAACUCAUUACCAAAACUCACCCAGCGCCAGCACCCAGAGCUGCUGAAAGCCGUCCCCCCCAGUGCUGCUCCCUCCCUCCCCACGGUCCUGCCCCCACACGUGUCCAUCCAGCAGAAGCCCCACGCCCAGCCCUCCCUCCAGACACAAGCACUGGUCCCGCCGCAAGCGAUCGUUCCUGCACAGACUCACAUCGUGGCGGCCUCGACCGUGCAAUCGACUGUUAUCGCCCACACGGCCACCACCCACGCCUCGGUCAUCCAGACUGUCAACCACGUCAUUCAGGGUCCACAGACCAAGCACAUUGCUCACAUUGCACCUUCUACAUCCAGCCCCGUGCAACUCACCACUGCUGCUCAGCCCAUCGGCCACAUCACUGUGCACCCAGCCACCAUCAACCACAUGGCCCACCUGGGCCCACAGCUGCCCAUCUACCCGCAGCCCGUGGCCGUCAGCCAGCCCGUCGUGAGCCACAUCGCUCACACCAUCUCGCACCAGCAAGUGAACGGCACCACGAGCCUGGGCCAGCCGGCUGUGAUGGCCAAGCCGGCCGUGGGAACCCAAGUUGUCCAUCACCCGCAGCUGGUCGGGCAGACGGUCCUAAACCCCGUGACUAUGGUGACCAUGCCGUCAUUCCCGGUGAGCACGCUGAAGCUGGCCUAGAGGGGACGGUCCAACGGCGAGGUCUUUGUUGGGAACCUUUCCUAAGGAAACUCCAUACAUUCCAACCACGUGCGGCUCGGCGGGAGGAAGCGUGGGAAUGCCAGGAGUGGCGGGGAUGGGCUGUCCCAGCCGCUCGGUGCCCGCCUGCCGCCGGGACGGGGCCGCUCCGUGCUCAGAGCCGCUCAUCUGAGAAACUUCAAAGACAGUUGUUCAUGGUGAUUUUUUUUCCUUUUAUGUGUAAUGAGUGAACUAUGGAUAUGAUGUUCUUAAGACUUUAAUUUUGCCCUCUUAUGUGUUGCUUCUUUGUAGAAUAAAAAUUGCCGAUCUCUUUAUUGAGACAUUGCGUAGAAUGGGAAAAAAAAUCAUAGAAGUCUAUAUUUAUAUAUAUGUGUGUAUGUGUGUGUAUAUAUAUAUAUGUAUAUACAUAUAUAUAUAAAUAUAACAUUUGAAGGCCUUUUGUAAGGUUGAUUAUUUUGCAGGAUUAUGAGACAAAAUUAAUUUUUGGAGGAAGAAGACAGAGUGUCCUCUCUAAAUAAGAAACUAUAAGAUAGAUGGUUUGGUGGACCAGAGUACAGUGACAAAAAAAAAUCCCCAACAACAAACCACGAGUCAAACCAUAUUAAAGGUAUUUCCCAUCAAUAUAUUACAUUUCAAAAACCAUCUAAAAUCACUGUGACUUGUUACGGCAUUUUAAGGAAAUUCUCUGUCCUGUCUAAUAAAAGGAAAAAGAAUACACAACCAGACUUGGUUUGUUGCCAUUUUAUAAAUUACUUGAUUUUUUAUAGUUAUGUCAAAAAAAAUACUGGUUUUUAUUAUUUUAAUGAUUGGCAAUGCUUUGUUUGGAUGUUUUCUCGGGCGUUUGUAUAUUGUCUGGCUUGGUUUACUGAUGCAAUAAUUGGUUUUGCAGAUCUCUGUGCGUGGCAUGGCCCCGGUCAGGGUCCCUCCUGCCGGUCCAAGCCACCCUAGGUUUCUCGGGUUUGUUGUUUGGCAGAGACACAUUGUGCUGGCAGCUUGCAGGGCGUUUCUGUGGCCUGGUGAAUGGAUCCUGGGACAAGAAGACCAAGAGAAAUGAGGUAGAUUUGCUGCAUGGGUUAAUGUUUGUUAGUUUGUUCUGUCCUGAACACGCUUUGGUGUGGGAGCCAGUGGGUUUGGAAAGGGAUAAAAGGGGAUGUGGUUCCCUUCCAGAGUGCAGGCAGUUCAAGCAGCUUUGUUCCCUUUGACAGGGAAGCAGUCUCUUCUUACGCAGGAUAAGGGUUUGCUGCAGGAAAUCAGUGUGAGAGCUCAUGUCUGGCAGUGAGAUGUGCACCAAAGAACCCUCAUCCCUCAGGACCCUCCUGUUCCCCUUCCCAGUGGUUGGGGCAGACCUGUCUGAGGUCAGUGGCAAAUCCCAGAGAGCCAGGAGAGGAGGAAUGCUGUUGUGCUGCUCGCUGAAUGUUCUGGUCCUUGCACUGUGUGUGUAGUAACUGCUGUGAAUGACCUCCAUUCUGUCUUCCUCUCUUUUUAAAACAAGUAUUCCACAGUCCUUACUGCAGGCAAAAUGCUGCUGUAGCCAGCAGCCGUUCUUCUAGGGCAGGAUAGGAGGACGGUUCCACAUCUACCCAGGAGCUGUGGGAGAGGAGGAGGGGGUGGCUGAACACCUCCCCAUGCUGCAGGCUGCAUCCAGUGUGGGGCUGAGGUGUCCUGAGGAAAACAGCGUCCAUACUCUGCCCAAAACACCUGUUAACUCUAGCACAACUUAAUAACGCUGUUGAGGACUGGUGUGAACAGUGUCAGCGGUGUAAUUGAGAACAUCUGCCUGUUCCAUACUGUCCCAAGUUAAAACUGGUCUGGAGGCAGCAGAAAUGACUUUGGAGGUCAGGGGUGAUUGUGCCUUUUGAGCAGGUGUCACUGGGAAUUGUGUGAAGUCUGUUUAUAAAGCCCCAGUUACCACUUGUUUUAUUUUUCUUUCAUGCAUCCUUGAGUUCAGAAAGCUCUUGGCUGUACUGCCAGCACAGCUUCUGCAGAAUGGAUAAACCUUGAAGGAUUUCUUUUCCUAAAACCUCAUUUAAGCAGAUUGUUUAUUCUCAUUUCAGUGCACCGUUAACACUGGGGGAUUCCCAGGAUUGCCAAGACUUGGUUGUCCUUUGUCCCUGCAGGUCCUUUCCCAAGGAGGCCGUUGUGAGCCGGGAUUUGAGAUAGGGUUGGGUAUCAGGCAAGCUUCUCAUCAGAAACUCCUGAGCGCUGAGUGUGUGCAGCAGCAUCACCUCCCUCCUCAGGAGUGUGGCUUUGCCUUCUGCAGCGGCAUCAGGAGAGGGAGGUCAUGUGUUUCUGCCUUUUCUUACUGUUCCAACUCACAAAAUAACAAAUUCUCCUCAUUGAAGGAGGAGCCAGGUUGAGAAUGGGAUGAGGGCAGGAGCAUUGGCUGAGCCUCAGGUAGAUGAGCUUUCUGCUGGGUUAUUGACCUGUGCUGUAAGGACAGGGGUGCUGCUGACCUCAUCUUCUGCUCCCAUAUGGUUUAGAUCCAAGAGUGGCCCUGCCUUGCCCAGUCUGGUAUCUUGGCCAGUUUUUCUUUCCCCAUGGAGUUGUGCCAUGCUGUCUGUCUGUCUGAUUCCCUUCAUGGAUGUUUGUCUCCCCAUUAGGAACAUCCCCCUUGGCCAGCCCGGGAGCUGCUCUAAAUGUUGUGUGUACCCCUGUUAUUGUCUGCCUUUUUCAGGGCUACCAGAAACAUUUCUUUGGGAUUUUUUUUUUCGGUUUUUUAAAGUCAGCGAACUUCUCUCUAUUCUGUGGGAAGAAGAGCAGCCACAGCCCUUCCUUUUCCACCUCUGUUAUUCCUGCUCAGAAACUUUGGAUUUACACUGAUGCUCUUAGAAAUCCCAUUCAGUACUGUAUGACAAGGGGCACUUUAGGAAUGUCUCUCCUCCUUUGAUAUAUGUUUUCCCUAUGGAGAAAGCUAUAUAUAAAUAUAUAUGUACACUUGGGGAUUCAUAAGAUCUGAUUUUCCCCCCCCCCCAAAAAUCAAUAAAUAUGAAGUUUACAAGAAAUCUCUUCUUGUUGUUGAAUAAUAUUAGUUAUUGUAACCAUGCCACAGAAACAAUAGAAAAACAAUAGAAUAGAAAAUGGUAGUUUGUGAGGAUUUUCUAUCCUGUCACACCUGGCUCAGACCCUGUUGGUCAGUGGAGAUGGUUCUGCUGAGUGCAGGUGCCCUUGCAGCCCACACGCUCCAUGUCCUGCUGUCGACAGCCAAGUGCUGCUCAGGAGCUGGACCUGUGCUUGGAGCUCAGCCAGCACUGCCAGAGGUGUUUGCAGCUGGGCAGAUGUGUGGGCACAGACCCCCAGCAUGGCUUGGUGCCCUGAGAAACCUUGUGCUGGGCUGAGCCUGCCCGCGGUAGCCUGGCGCCUGCCAAAGCCACUUCCAGCUCCUCUGCCAGAGAGGUGCAGGCAGAGGGCAAAGAACCCAAACUGCUACUUUAAAAUGAUCCUGAAAAGAGCUCUUAAUGCUGACACUUUAGAUACAGGAAUGUAUUCCUGACCUCACCAGUAAAAAUUAUUCAGAUCUGUGUAGUUUAUCUUAGGAAGGGAAGUGAUCUGAUUUCCCAUGUUCUCUGCAGUUGCUUGCGUGAGAUCUGAGAGGCAGCAGGGCUGUGUGUCCUUGGGGACACGUGGGGGCAGCUGGUCACCCACAUUUCACAUGGGGAAAUAAGGGCUGGAGCCAAACUGCUGCUGUCGGGGUUGUUCAGCACGUAUGUGUGUGUGUCCAUCUGUCUGUCUGUGCUGGGGUUGAGUGUUGGGUGCCGACAGCCAGAAGGGCUCCAGUGCCACCACUGGGCCCCUGGCCACUGGCACAGCUGGGUUUUGGUUUUUUGAGCAGAACUGGACAGAGGGGACAGCCCUUUGCUCUCCAGGCACCCACAGCACGGCCGGAGCAUUCCUCAUCCCACUGAGCCGGCUGCUGCCUCUGCUCUUGGGCUCCUUGUCUUUUUUUUCUUUGUUUUAUUUCAAAGUGGCCUUCUGUAACAAAAGAAACUAAAAAAAUGCCUUUGGGUGGUUUAGGUGGAGGUGAGGUGUCGCUGCUGUGUCGGUGUCGGUGUGGUUGUCCGUGCGCACGCCUGGUAGAUUCCUGUAGACAUGCAAUGCAAGGCUUAUUGUGUCUGGUUUUUGUAUGUAGCCUGUGUCUCUUUGGACUGGUUUGCAUCCUGAGGGCGUUUUUUGCAUUUAAAGAAAAAAAGUGAGAACUGUUCCAGGUUGGGUGGGUACAAGGGGCUCUGGAGACCUCCUGUGUGCCAGGGGUCGGGGGGAAGGUGUCCUUUGCCCCAUGUGAUGACUUGCUUGUUUGGCCCUUUUGCUUUCUGUGAUGGGAAUCCAGUGUCCCAGUGGGGUGAGCAGCCUUAGCCAGAUGAACCAGUUGACCUCUGUUUACCUGAACAGGACUUUGGCUCAGCCUGUCUUUGUGUUCAGGCACUUGCUUAAUUAGUUUAGUUAGAUACGUGGCUGCUGCAGAGGGCUCAUGGAGCUGGUGCGGAGGUGAGCAGCUCUGAGCACUCACAGGUGAGGCUCCUCUGAGACUUGGCAUGUUUUUUUCUGAACAGUUGUUCAUUCCAGUCUUAUUUUGAUUCUAAAAGGUAUGGGGGUGUGGAGAGGAAAACCCUCAUAUUUCUGGCCUGUUUUCCAUCCCUUGUUAUCAUUUGGGACAGAUUAAAAUGGAUUAUAACACUUAUCUUUAGGUUAUUUCCUCCCUGAGUGAAACAUCAGUUGUUAGAAGUGGAUGUUUAGUGUUAAGGAAAAUAGGCUGUGGGUAGACUCAGUCAUGGCUUCUUUCUGUCCCUUUUAUACAGAACUUGAUAAUCCAAACUUGAACUAUUAAAAUAUCAGCCCUAGCCCAGCACUGGGUGGGUGCAGUCUUGGCAGAGGUUGUGUUCUGCUGUUCCCAGGCUGGCUCACUCCUUGCCUGGGGCUGCUGAACAGCGAAGGAAGGCCCCACUCGCCUCUGUCCCUGCACUGUCAGUGUGGGACAGGGCUGUUCCAUGCUGGGAUUUGGUGGGAGUGGGCUGUGGGAUGUCAUGGUGCUUCUCAUCAGGACAUCAUGGCUGGUUCUGCUCUAGCUCUGGAUGAAGCCCAUUGACUCACCCCAUUCCUUGUGCUGUGAAUAGGAAUUUGAGUGUGAGGGAGCGCUGGUGCAGAAGCCACCACGGCUCACCAGGGAAAUGCUCUGGGCUCCCAGCACAUCUCUGUUGUGAGAUUUUCCCUGGCUGGCUGGCAGGCAGGCACAUCCUCCCCGAGGCUGUGUUGCUGUGGCAGGCACAGGCCCGCGCUGGCUGCGGUGCUGCCUGUGCCGGCUGUCGGGAACGCUCUGGCCGGAGCCGCGCUGGCCGCGAGCUGCCCGCGGGAUCCCGGUGCAAAUGCCUUAUGGAUACGCCUUAACAACCUGAGCCAAAAGUGUGGUGGGGCUUGACAGAGCAAGAAAUCAGGGACUGACUGCAACCACCCAAUGAUGUAUUGGCUUCUGGUCAGGCCCCAGCCUGGGCAUUGCUGGGUGAGGAGCCGUGGUGGGAGCAGGGACCCCCUGCUCUGUCCACUGCAUGUGACCUCCCUCCCUCCUGCCUAAAGCAUUUAUUUAUUUUAUCUGGCUGUGCUCCCCGCUUUAGGAAUGUGUCACUGGAGCUGCUGACUGAGCCCAGUUGCUGCCGUCGCUGGCCUGGAGCCCCCAUCCCUCCCCUGCACCUCACAGGAGCCCCCAUGUCACACUCACCUGGGCAGGUGCGAUCUGUGUUUACAGUGAGGACGUGUCACUGUGUUACCGAUUUACUGAAAUACUGAAUAUUGACAAACUCUAGACUGUAAAGAUUUUUAUGUGUUUGGAUACAUCUGCUAUGUGAAAAAGCAACUAAUUUUGUACAUAUUGUAUUUUUACUAUUCAGCUGUACAAUACUGGCUCUUCAUGCUCCAGAAUUUAGGUAUCCAACAUGAAUGAUAUCCAUGUAAUAAGCACUUGCCUGAAAUAAAUAUAAAACUGAAAUAAACAUGCACUGAAAUCGGAAA